AUGCAUUAUGCUUCAUGUUCUUCUCUACUUCCCAUUGUUUCCGUUAUAGAUCCACCAACCUCACCAAAGAUUUUUCUUGAUAAAUCGAUUGGGGUGUAUUUGCGGAAAGAAACGGCUACACUUACCUGCAAUAUAACAAACCAAUCCUACCACGACGUAGAAUUCUACAAAGAAAACCAUCUGCUUACCUCUCGGCAACUCACCAUUGAGGAUAACAUUGCAACGUUUACUGUUUCAAGAGCAAAUCAAGGAGGACGGUACCGAUGCAGAUACAGCACGAAUUUGUCCGGAAGGCCAAUUCGCUCCCACCUCAGCGAACCUGUGAGGGUCACGAUAGCAAAUUCGCCGACGCCAGCGUUAUUUGUGGAUCAAAGUCUUGCUGUGAGAGGCGGAAAAGUCAUCUUCAACUGCACAAGUCCCCGCGGUCAUCCAGGCUUAAUAUUUUACUUAUAUAGACACGGGGAAUCGAACUACUCGGAUGCCAAGGUUGCAGAUGCGUGGGGGAAUUCUGUGAUUUUCACCAUCGCGAACGUGGGCGACGACGAUGAAGGAAAUUAUACCUGUCUGUAUGAAGCAAAGGAUGACACAAAGCCGCUGACCUCUGCCCUCAGUGACACAGUACAUGUUGCUGUUCGAGGCAAGUGUGAAGCACAGUCAGAAAGUAGAUCAGAGUUUGGAGACAGUAAAUAUCGCUUGUUGUUUUGCCAGGUGCACGUAACGAUUAGAACUGAUUUUGCAGAGAAGAAAUGA